UUGAAUUUGAAAACUAUCAAUCAUAUUUAGUAUUUGUUAAAUAAAUUCAAGUAUUGUAUGGUUUUUGUUAAUAUAAUUGUUCAAUUAAUUCAAGUGCUUUUAAGUUUGUUUUUAGAGCAAGAGAUAAGUACUUAACUAGGCGAUGUUGGCGCCAUCCAAGCCACGUGGAUAAUGAGUUUUGAUGAAUUCAAUUCAAUUGAAUUCAUAACUUCUUCUUCUAGUAUCAUAUAUAAUCUAGAUCUCAACAAAUGGCAGAUUCCAUUAUCAAAGAACAAGAAAGUAUGAUUUGUUAGUUAUAUUUCUCUUUAACCACAUUUGGUUUUUGGAUUUCUCCUUCGGACUAUUUAUCCACAUAUAAGUUGGUUUGGACUAUGGAAUCGUGAAAGGUGUUAGUUUUUAUUUAUUUGGUAAACAUUACUAUAGGGACACGUCAAAUAUUUGAAAACAAUAUGAAGAGGGCUAUCUCGAUAUGGUUUUGCAGGUAGGGUCCUUAGAGGGAAGAGGUGUCAUAGAACUAGAAAACGCAAGCCUACUUAGUCCUUCAUUUCCUAGAAAAGAUGCACCCUUUGUCAAAGAUUCACCAAUUGAUCAUGAGUGUCAGAAUUUUUCACAAGAUGUAAUUAGAAGUAAGGUGCUAAGUAGCAUUAAAGUUGUAGUCUUCUCAACCAAGAUAAACUUACUCAUGCCUUUUGGCCCCCUGGCAAUUUUGAUUGAUAAAUUGUUUCAUAGUCAUGGUUGGGUCUUUCUUUUCAGCUUAUUAGGCAUUAUACCCUUGGCAGAACGUUUAGGCUAUACAACAGAGCAACUAGCUUUCUUUACUGGACCUGCAGUUGGUGGUCUUUUAUAUGCCACAUUUGGAAAUGCAACAGAGCUAAUUAUAUCAAUUCAUGCACUCAAAAGUGGCUUGAUUCGUCUAGUUCAACAAUCACUACUGGGGUCAAUUUUGUCUAACUUGUUGCUAGUGCUUGGAUGUGCAUUAUUUGCUGGUGGAUUAGUAUUUCAUAAGAGAGAACAAGUAUUUAACCAUGCAGAUGCUGCGGUGGAUUUCGGAUUAUUAUUGAUGGCGGUAAUGGGCCUGUUAUUUCCAGCAGUUCUCCACGCUACACACACAGAAAUAGAAUAUGGAAAAUCUCAGUUAUCUCUUUCAAGAUUUACUAGUUGCAUUAUGCUUGUGGCUUAUGCUUCCUAUAUAGUGUUUCAAGUGAAGAGUCAAAAGAAUUUACAAGUUCCAGUUGAUGAGGACAAGAGUUUCAAUGAAGAUACUUCAAAUGAUGCAGAAGUUCCUGAGAUCUCUAUGUGGGAAUCAAUGAUAUGGAUUUCAAUCUUAACAGGAGGUAUAUCUAUCCUGUCAGAAUACUUGGUUAGCACCAUAGAGGGGGCAUCAAAAGAGUUUCAAAUGCCUGUGGCAUUUCUUAGUGUUAUUCUUCUUCCACUAGUUGGGAAUGCUGCAGAGCAUGUUGGAUCUGUUAUGUUUGCUGUCAAAGACAAACUUGACAUAUCGCUGGGCGUGGCUGUAGGAUCUUCAAUACAAAUAUCAAUGUUUGUGAUUCCACUUUGUGUUGUGGUUGGAUGGAUGAUUGAAUGCCCUAUGGACUUGAAUUUUCAGCCUUUUGAGACAACUUCACUUUUCAUGUCAGUUAUCAUAGUUGCCUUCAUGUUGCACAAUGGAACUUCGAACUACUUCAAAGGGAUGGUGCUCAUUCUUUGCUAUUUGAUAGUUUCUGCAAGUUUUUAUGAACAUAUUGAUCCCAUGUCAAUUGAAGAUAAUCCCUCAAUUGCUGGUCCGUAAGAGUUAGUGACAUUAAGGUUUCUGUUGUUUUUUAGCUCCCCUUUCUGAAACCAAGGAUUGCACUUUUGACUUGGGGAAUAAAAUAUGUAUAUCUAAUGGAGGAAAUAAUGACACAAAUUAAGAAGCUCUUGUAUAUUGUUACAGCUUACUCAUUUUAAAUCUUUGACUUGAUCCAACUUAAGGCUAUUUUACA